AUGGAUGAUGAUAAGACUGCGAGGAAGAAGAAGAAAGUAAGAUUUGUGGAGGAGGAAGCAGGGUUGGAUUCUGGCUUGCAAACAUGUUUUGGUAUCGAAAAUCCGGGGAGGCCAUUGAAGCAAAUUAUUGGUGCAGCCAAAGCUAAGGGAUCCUAUACUUCAAAAGAGAAUCCAGUGGGAGAUGCAAAAGUUGCUGGUAAUCUUCCCAAAAGAAACAAGACCGGAAAAUGUAAAGGAAAUAGAAAUAACGAUACUACUGAAGAUACAGAUCUGAUGAUUAAGAAACUGAUAAUAUCAAUAAAUGGAGAUAAGGGGUUUCAGGAGAAGAAGUCAGCGAGACAGAGUUUCAACGGUGGAGCAUGUGAUCAGCCUGGACACAUGAGAACAAACAAGAACUGCCCCAAGUAUAUUCAUGGAGAAGAUAUCCAUAGAGCUUCUCAAAAAUCGGCUACUCUAAAUCCAUCUUGUCAAUCUCAGCCGAAAACAAGGGCAAAGGAGCUGAUACCUAAAAGCUCUGCAACUAAAAUUUCGGUGAUCGAAGCUUCCCAGGUUGAAAACCAUGGUCUGAGCACAAAGCUUCCUAGAUUGAAAUUCAAAUGUGGGCCUAACAAAAUGAAGUCUGAAAAUGUGCCAGUUGAACCCCCUAGUGUGAACCAUGAUACUGAAUCACAAAGGGCAACUGUUGUUAUACAGGCACCAGCAAAUACAGAUAGAGAAGAGGUGGAAAGUUCCCAACAGAAAGGGCCAUCUGCGGAAGCGAAGAAAGAGCUGCAUCGAUAUCAUAAGAAAAUUGUAAUUAAACUUCCAAAAAAACUAUUGAUUUUAGAUCAUGAUCAUCAGGUCAAUUUGCGUAAGGAAAAUAUACAACUUUGA